CUGGAGAAGAAUGGGUUAAGACAGUCGAAGGUUGGGAAAAGAAAAAGAUACUCGAAUGUGCGAAUAACAAGACGUUGUCACUUCUUCUUCGAGGUGACAAAGAUGCAGGUGACAAGAAGGAGAAGGAUAGAAAGAAAGGAAAGAGACAAUGAAGAGGAGUAGAGGAGGGAUUUAUCGAUUGGCAGAGUUCUGACCUUCGUCUUCAUCCCAGUGUAAUUUCAAGUUCGUCGGUUUCAAGUAGGAAGAUCAUCACAAUGAACUGCAAAAAAAUAGAAGGAAAAAAAGAAAAAUAGAAAGAGAAAAUAUACUUUUCCUCUAUGUCGAUCAACAGCCCGAACAAAAUUCCAUUUUAAAAAAAACGCCGUCCAACCGCAUUGCCACAUCACGUUGAAGUGUACACGUGAGGUGAGUGACUCCUUCCGCAGAUGUCUUUAUUUUUAGCACGGACUCGUGAAAGAUGGAAGAAAUGGGAUUGGUCUCUUAAAGAAGGCGAUCGUUCGUCUGUCAUGCUUUCUAGAGGGUGAAAAUUGUAUGAAGGGAGAAGAAAGGAUAUACGACAGGACCAAUGGUCUACGUUAGAAAUAAUAUCGCUGGUUUUAAUGGAUUAAGUGAUGCCCUAAAGAGACUAGAUUUUUUAUCAGCAGUACAUGAUUGUCGUCGAUUUAAUUACAUCGUAAGACUUUUGGAUCUUCUAGUUAGUCACAGAAUGGGUGGUUUGAGCGGAUGUGCACAACGAGUCCUCUUCAAUAUGUUAGAGGAAGUAGCGUUGGAAGUAUCCUUAUCACAACAACAAACUGGAAGAUUACGACGGUUGAUUGAAAGAGUUAGGGCCUUUAGUGCUGGAUGUUGUUGGGGUGGAAGACCUUUAGGCUCUGUAAUCUUAUGGGAAAAACAUAAAGCAGCUUUGGAAAGAAUCUUACAAAUUGCCUCAUCAAUCACUAUAACUCAGCCAGAUGAAGAGCAACAACCACAAUGGUCGGAUUUACCUCCAGAAUGUCGCAGAGAAGUUCUUCUUCGAUUAAGCGAUCCGCAAGACAUUGAAGCUUCAUCAGAAGCAUGCGAACAUCUCGCAGUUUUAGCUCAAGAACAAAGAAUAUGGCGAGAACUUGCUCAGUAUCAUUUCACUCCACAACAAAUAGCUACUACUAGGCAAAACAAUCCAGGGAAAGAUUGGAAGACUAUAUUUACUAUUGCUAGAAGAUCGUUCGGUUUGCGAGAAGAAUAUGCCGAGAUGAUACAAUUGUGCCGCAAUUGUCGUUGUUUAUUUUGGAGAUCAUUGGGCCAUCCCUGCAUUGCAGACCAGGAUCCAGCAUUUCAAGAGAAGUUAGCUGAUGUAGAUCAAGCUUCUCUUCAUGUUCCAAUCCCCCCUCAAACUUUCCUAAAGUUUUUUUCACUGUGAAGGCUUUUUGUUAAAUGUCGUCUAAACGGAAUAAUUAGAUAUACAGUUGCAUAUGUGCGCAUAUGUGCGUAUAUGUAUAGUAUGUCUGUGAAUAAGUUAAAAAAAAGAGUGUGAAUGAGAAAAACAAAAAACAAAGAAAAUAUAGGGAAAAGGAAAGAUAUAUAACAGAUGUGAUCGAAAAACGAAUACUUCGAAAUUAUAUACAAAUAAUAUAUCUAGCAAAAAAAAAGAUAUUUAAAAAUUCUAUUGCACAUAGAGAUCUUAUCAUCAUAGAAAAACUUUUAAAAUAAGUUAUAUUCAAUAUGUUACGAUUGCAUAUAUGAGAAGUUUCUAGUCUAAAAUGAAACUUCAAAUGUGCAAAAUUCUUAGAAUGCUUCCUUCCCUUAAAAGUUAUGAUGACAACUAUUUCCCAAAUUGCAAAAUAUAUUUCUGUAAUUUUUAAAAUUAUAAUAGUUAUAAUAACUAUGAUAAUAAUGAAUGAUAAGUGCUAGUCGUAUUAAAAUGUUGAUUGUUAGAUAUAUUGUAUGUGUGUUUCAAAAAACACAUAAAAGAUAUCCAACUGUGAAGAUAGGCUUUCAGGGUUUUUACCUUCCUUAAGAAAAUCUAUCUACGACUGUCUGUUUUUAGAUAUGCAUCAUUUUUAUGCAGUAAACUUACACUUAUCAUUUGUGAAAUCAUAUUGUUUUUAUUCAAGAAAUAUAUAUUAUAUUAACUAAAAUAAUCCUGCCAAGUAAAUUAUGAUGAACUUGUUUGAAAAAAAGGAUUGGUUGCAAUUUGAUUUUUUUUUUUUUUUUUUUUUUUUUUUUUUUUUUUUUUUUUUUUUUUUUAUUAUACACAUGCGUGCGUGAUGCGUGCGCAUGCAUGUAUGUGUGUGUAUCAAUAGAAUAUUGAAGUUCAUUUUUAGUGAUUUAUCUUAGUUGGUGCAAUUUUAUAAAAUUGUUGCAUAGCAAGCAUAAUCGAGUUUUAAAAACGUAUCAAGCUACAUUUUUAUAAAUAUUUUUAAAAUAUUUAAUAUGUUGUAUAAUAUAAGUCUAAUAUUUCUUAUAAAAACACUAUUUGCAAAAGUACCUUUAGUACCACAUAAAGUUCUUUAUUACAUUUAACUGACAUUGGGAAUAUGAUCGUAUUUGUUUCAAAAUCAAAAUUUGUAAUGGUAACUUUAUUUUAACAUCGCAAGUGUAUAUUAAUAUUUUAUGUAUUUUUUUUUUUUUUACACACUAUAUAUGAUAAUAGUAAAGAUAUAACACAGAGAUGUGCAAACUUUCUGUCAGAGGAAAAAUCACUCGUUACUGUUAUCUGAUUAUUUCUACUCGAGUAUGCUCACUUGAUAUAAAUCCUUCCUUUAAAAAUGAUGUAUUAUCAUGAUAUGGUAAUUUAAUAACAGUGAAAUAUGUUGAAGAAUACAGAUAUGAUUAGUGUGACAAUUUGUUAAGGGAAAAUGAAAGAAAGAGUUGGAAUAAAGGGCAAUUGACUCUGUGAGUCAACUUUGUACGUCUCUGGUAUAACAUAUCUUGAUUCUCAUAAAUAUUUGUUAGUUUUCUAUUUAUAUAAAAUACUAACAGCAAAUGAUUUAGUAAACUUCGAUUUUACAAUAAUCUAUGUUAGAAUUACAAUUUAUUGGAGAGACAAUUUGUAAACUAUCUCCACAUAUAUAUGUGCAUAUAUGCUUUAUUAUAUGCAUAAAUAUUAAGUUAUGACAUAAAACACAAUCAUACACUAACAAAGUACAGACAAAUCAUGAAGUAACUUUUUUAAAGUACUUCAGUGGAGAUAUAAAAACAGUGUAUGAACUAACUAUUGCAUUCUGUAUAAUCGUACAAAAUGAGAUCCUAUUUACACUGCUCCGUAUACAUAUAUAUUCAUUUAACUAUACUGAAAUUUUCAAUAAUGAAAAUUUUUUAAAUCUCUAAUAAGUUAUUAUCAAUAUAUGAGUAUUAUAAUUGAUUAAUCGAAAAAAAGAAAAUUAUACUGCCAAUAUGGAUGCUAUUGCAUUUACAUGAAUUGAACAAAUUGUUUAUAAAAUUUUCUUUUAGAAAAAAUGUUAUUUUUUAGAUAUUUCUUUUUUUAUUCGUGUAAUCUUUUAAGAUCGUUUCAUGACCUACAUAAUUCACUAACCUAGUCAUUAUAGAAAGCUCUCAUUGAAAUUGAGUGUACUUGAUUAUAAUAUUAUGAUUAAUAACUCUAAUUUUUUGGCAGCUUGUUAUAAAACUCUGAAACGAAUUGAAAUUAGUAAAUCACAAUUAAGCGAAGUGAUCCUAUGAUAAGAUUUAUUUUAUUUAUAUCUAAGCUAAUAUAUGUACAGCAAGAUUGUACAAAUUGCAAAAUAAAAUUUAUUUAAAUAUGUA